AUGAUGGGCGUCCUCGUUGCUCAAUUAUUGUAAGUACCGACAUGAUCAAACAACCAACUAUGCGUCUCCAAUCUUGCUAACGAUAUCAGUCGUCUCGAACAUAUUCCUGAACCCACCAAUCAUUUCGGAUUUUAUGUCCUUGGAAAACCACUAGCAUGUAUCUGCCAAGGAGCAGCAAUUUACUCAUUAUCUAUCGGAUGCUUCAGAACGUGGAGAUAUCAAAAUGCAAUUGUACGAGGAAAGGCCAUUUCGGGGGGAUAUGAGAUUGUUUUACUGGCUUUUGGAAUCUUCAUCGUGAGUUCAUGUAGACCAAUUCUUUUGGGAGGGAGGGAAUACUUGACUGACUGUUAUCAUAGCUGCUACUAGUAUUCUUGAUUCUUAUGAUUAUCGUCAACGUGCUCAUGGAAGAUCUUGAUUCUUAAAAGACUCUGUCAUCGACUUACGAUAGCAUGAAACAAAUGAAAACUCCCAUCGUGGAACAUUUGGCAAAUUCAGCAGUCAAAUGUGAAGGAUUGUAGGCGGUGCUUUACAGCUAUAAAAGGUUGCGAUUGAAUCUACAUUGAGGGAUACAGAUUGGUGAGUCUAUGAUCGAUGUCCUCUUGAAAUAUCAUAGACUAAUCUAGAGAAAAGGGAUUUCUAGAUGUAUCAGAAGAGAAGUCGUUCCAAUCACC